AUGGACCUUGACCUAAGGAAAAUUAGCUAUGAUAUACUUAAGAACAAAUUGCGUGCACAUAGAGUGGUUGAAAACACUUUGGACAAGAUCUACUCUAAACUUACAACUAUUGGAAGGGAAGUUAUACCUGGUGAUCUGAAACUCAUAAUCGACUUUCUAGAUAUGGUCUCGUCAGCAGUUAACUCUACAGUUAUCAUUGUAGAUGAUCAUUUACUGAAGGCUAAUUACAGAACCCCAGUCUGUGUUUUCCUGGACUUUUCAGCUGAUCAGAGCGGCGUGUGGUCGUCUGACGGGUGUCACGUGGUGUACUAUGACCAGGACUAUGUGACGUGUGAGUGCAGCCAUACGACAAACUUCGCUGUUCUUAUGAGUCCCUACAUUGACCAGCAUAAAGAUAACUACAUAAUAAACACAAUCUCCAUCAUAUGUUUAUCUGUAUCUAUAAUAUGUCUGCUGGCUACCGUCCUGGUCUAUACCGUUCUGUGGAGAUAUGUAAAAUCUGACCGAGCUGUCCUUUAUGUCAACCUAUCUGUGACCUUGACACUUGGCUAUGUCGUGUUUUUAGCGGGAAUAAACCAGACACAAAACAAGGUCUUGUGCACGGCCAUUGCUGCGGUCCUUCACUUCCUGUUCCUUGUUGUGUUUUUCUCCAUGCUGGGUCAAGGUCUCAAUGUCCUCUUGUCAGUCAUUAGUAUGACGUCACGUCCGGUCCUGCGCUACUUACUUCCGUUGUCUUAUGGUGGACCUUUGCUUAUUGUGGUCAUAACUCUUGCAGUGACUAAAGCUCAUGGAUACACUACUGACACAUAUUGCUGGCUUUCCAUUGAGUCUGGUGUCUUUUGGUCUUUUUCAGUCCCAGCGCUAAGUAUUAUUUUGCUAAAUUUCAUCAUUGUGUUUGUUGUCCUUAAAGUCAUGCAGACUUCACAUUUCAUGUCCAACAAACCACUUGUGGCUAGAACUAAGUCAGUUGUCCGGUCCAUCUGUAUCUUGUCCCCAAUCCUCGGCCUGUCCUGGGUGUUUGGUGUCUUGUCCAUGACAGACCCCCACGUGAUCUUCCAGUACCUGUUUGCUCUCACUAACUCACUGCAGGGUUUAUUAAUUUUCAUUUGCCAGUGUUUGCUUCAACAGCAGGUUCGAGAUGGUGCGCGGACAUUUAUACGUAGGUACAGAGCGGACAAACUGGACUCUGGACAUACAACUGGUCAAAUGUUAUAG